AUGUUUAAGAAUGAACUCACAGAAGAUUUAGAUAAAAAAAUUAAAGAAAUUUGGGAUACCAUUGACAAAGCAUAUAACAAUGAAAGAAUUAAAGGAGAAAGAUUAAAUAAAAAUACAAAAUUAACCAGGAAUAUAUUAUUACUUGGUAGAACAAGAAGUGGGAAAACAACAAUGAAAAAUAUGUUAAAAGAUCCAAGACAUAUAUCAGAUGGAUUAACAUUAUAUUCACAAACGAAGUACCCCACACUAAAUCAAAUUAAAAUUGAUGAUCAUAAUAUGCAAUUAAAUAUAAUUGAUACACCUGGACUAUUUGAUAGACAAUUAUUGAAGAACAAAGAUAUUUUAAAUUUAAUUGAUAAAUUUUUAUCGGAAGAACAAAUAAGUAAGAAAUUACAUUUAAUUUGUUUUUGUGUAUCAUUCGAGUCAGGUAUUAAUGAGGACGACAUUCAAUCAAUAAAAACUUUUAUUGAUCAUUUUGGAUUUGAUAUAGCAAAAAAUUCUUGUUUCAUUGUAACAAGAAGUGAAUCAAAAAGUAAUGAACAAAGAGAAAAGUUACAUGAUGAAAUAAUGAAUGAUCAACAUUUUAAAGAAUGGCUACCAUUUAAGUGGUCGGUAUAA